CACGCCCCUUUGAUUUGGCGUCCUCCUCCAUUGGGUGGCGGAAAACUGCACAGCAGCUUUUGCCUUUGGGGAUAAAACAUCCACAUCGCAACCACUGGCGCUCUCUAUCGCUCUCUUUCUCUCUUUUGUUUUGUGGCCCUUUUUAGCAACAUGGAACCUCAAGUCAACCAGAAAACUAUCAAUUUCGGAGCCGGGCCCGCUAAACUACCGGUGCCGGUGCUGAUUCAAGCCCAGAAGGAGCUCCUCAACUACGGAGGCCUCGGAAUCAGUGUUCUUGAAAUGAGCCACAGAUCGUCAGAUUUCAUCCAAAUCAUAAAUAAAGCAGAGAGUCUCCUCCGAGAGUUGCUAAACAUUCCAGACAACUACAAGGUGAUGUUCCUGCAGGGCGGCGCAUCGGGCCAGUUCAGCGGCGUUGCCCUCAAUCUGAUCGGCCUGAAAGAGGGCAAGUGCGCCGACUACAUCGUGACGGGCACGUGGUCGGCGAAAGCUGCCAAGGAGGCGGAGAAAUACGGCAAAGUCAACGUGGUUCACCCCAAGCUGAACAGUUACACGAAAAUCCCCGAGCCCAGCAGCUGGAAUCUGAACCCGGCGGCGUCCUACGUGUACUACUGCUGCAAUGAGACCGUGCACGGCGUGGAGUACAACUUCACGCCCGAGACCAAUGGGGUGACCCUCGUCAGCGACAUGUCCUCCAACUUCCUGUCGCGGCCUGUGGACGUCUCCAAGUUUGGUCUGAUUUAUGCGGGCGCCCAGAAGAAUGUGGGCUGCGCCGGGGUGACGGUGGUCAUCGUGCGUGAAGACUUGAUAGGCCAUGCUCAGAAAGAGUGUCCCAUCAUCCUGGACUACAAAGUGCAGGCCGAGAUGAACUCGCUGUACAACACGCCGCCCGUUUUCAGUAUCUACAUCAUGUGUCUGGUUCUGGAGUGGAUCAAGAGCAACGGCGGCGCUGCCGCCAUGGAUGCACUCAACAAGCGGAAGUCAGACUUGAUUUAUGAUAUCAUCAACUCUUCCGAUGGCUUCUACGUGUGCCCAGUAGACGAGGGAUGUCGGAGCCGCAUGAAUAUCCCAUUCCGUAUUGGAAAGAAAGAGGGUGACGAGACCUUGGAAAAGGAGUUUCUGAACGGGGCAUCCAAACGUGGAAUGAUCUCACUCAAGGGACACAGGUCAGUUGGGGGAAUCCGUGCCUCUCUAUACAAUGCUGUAACAUUGGAAGACACUGAAGCUCUGGCCCAGUACAUGAAGGAAUUCCUAAAAGAACAUCAGUAAGACGGGCCGGAAUAACUUGUGCACUUUAAAAAAAAAAACAAAAAACAAAACCUCUCAUUGAAAGUAUAGUUAUGGACCAAUGGUGGCUGUAGAUGGCGUUGAUUUGUACUAACAAUCUCUAACAUGCACAUGCGUGUAUCUUUUGACAUUGUUUUAUUGUAAAUACCAUUGGGAAUUGUUGACAUGUUUAACCUCAACAAUACAAUCAUCUCGAUUCCUUCUGGUGUCAUUUCUUGUCUUGAUAUUCUCAGUUAAUGACGAUAAAAAAGUGGGGAAUAGAGAGAUGAAUUUGCUAAACAUGGCCACUAGGUGGAGGUGUUCACAAAGACGUAAAGUUAUCUGACUGACUAGUAAUCACUGAGUUUCAUGAUUUUGAAAGUCAACUGUACAGUAUUUGAAAUCUGCACAAUUUUUUUUUUUUAAUUUCUCGUUUUUGACCAUGACCAAGUGGAAACUUACAUAUAAUUACCAAGCUGCACCUUGGAUUAGUGGUUAAUUGAACGCUCACCACUGUGAUUGAUUUAUUUGGGAUGGAGCUUCAGGGAUAAUAAAAAUAAAAACAUGAAAAUACC